AUGCCACCGCCACUAAAAUGCAUGAGAGCCUUCCAGUAUUCACAGGCAUUGAUAUUUGCAGUAGAAGAGAUCAACAACAGCUCUUCAUUACUGCCUGGAGUUUCACUGGGUUACAAGAUCUAUGACACAUGUAGUUCAAUGGCAAGGGGGGUAAAAGUGGCACUGGAACUCAUUAAUGGAAAUGAGAAAUCAGACCCAAAUGAGAUCUGUACAAAGCCAGCCCAGAUCAGUCACUAUGCCACUUGCGAGUGUCUCAGUGACAAAAGGAAAUAUCCCUCAUUUCUGCGCACUAUUCCAAGUGAUUAUCAUCAGAGCAGAGCACUGGCAGAAAUGGUCAAACACUUUGGUUGGACCUGGGUGGGAGCAUUAAGAACUGAUGAUGAUUAUGGGAACAGUGGCAUGGCCACAUUCUCUAAAAUCGCAGAACAACUGGGUGUCUGCUUAGAAUAUUCCCUUCCAUUUUUUAGAACCUACUCACAAGAAAAAGUGCUGAGAAUUGUUGAGCAAAUCAAAAGUUCCACUUCUCGAGUGAUUGUUGCUUUUCUUGCUCAUUGGGACUUGGAGAUCUUACUCCAUGUGUUUUUUGAGCACAACAUCACUGGAUAUCAGUGGGUGGGAACUGAGGGCUGGAUCUCUGAUUCUGCUGUAGCCACACUGGAUAAGCAUAAUAUUCUGCAAGGAGCCAUAGGGCUGGCUAUUCCCAAAACAAAGGUGAUGGGUCUGAAGGACUUCAUUCUAGAUAUAAAUCCACUGAAAUCUGCAGGAAGUGAAAUUUUUACUAAAUUCUGGGAGGCUAUGUUUAAGUGUAAAUACCAUACUCAGAAUGAUUCAGUAGAUACAAAAAUUUGCACAGGCAAUGAGAAACUUUCUGACAUAGAAAACACAUUCACAGACAUGUCACUGCUGCCUAUUUUCAAUAAUGUAUAUAAGGGGGUAUAUGCUGUUGCCCAUACCCUACAUGGCCUUCUUGACUGCAGGCAAACAUGUCCUACAAAGAAGCAACCCGAUCCUCUUACAGUGAGUUAAAACUCUCUUUUAAUCAUUAGGUCAAACCAUUUUUUCCAAACACAUAUCAGUGAAAAAU